AUGAUUUCGCUUAAGAGUCCGAGGUCUCGCCGCACGAUUGCCUCACCCUUCUCCCUCUGUGGCUGCCGGGUUGCUGUCGACAGUGGAGUAGCGUUGUCGCGCAGAAGUCUCUCGAAUGCUCAUUUUCGAGAUGAUUUCUCAACUGACCUCUCCGUGUUGAUCGGAGACUGCGAAGCCAGACUGAAGAUCUCGGCGGAUACGGGUUUGAGCCAACAGUCGAAGGUUUCCGGAUCUGGUUCUUCAGGAAUCGAAGCGGACGCCGACGCGCUCGGAGACUUCCCAACUUCUCCUGUGACGAGCGGUCGAACUCAAAGGAAGAAGAAAAAGCGAUCCGGCUACAGUUUCACCGAGAAAAACUUCCAUGAUCUCUAUCAACUAACGGGCGAAUUUCUCGGUGAGGGUUCCUACGCUCAAGUGCUCUCGGCCAUUGAGCGGAACACGGGCCGCGAAGUCGCUGUCAAAGUCAUCAUCAAAGACGUUCCCGGACAUUCGAGGCAGAGGGUGUUUCGCGAAGUGGAGACAUUGCGCGAAUGCUCCGGUCAUCCGAAUAUCAUCCAGCUGUUGGACUUCCACGAGGACAACGAUCGUUUCUACCUUAUAUUCGAGAAAAUGAAUGGAGGACCUCUUCUGAAGCACAUUCAGGAGAAGGUGCACUUCACUGAACGAGAAGCAUCCGAAGUAGUCGCCCAACUCGCUUCGGCACUGCAGUUCCUUCAUCAGAAGGGCAUCGCCCAUCGAGAUCUCAAGCCCGAAAACAUUUUGUGCGCCUCCCCGAACUCUGUCAGCCCCGUGAAAAUUUGCGAUUUUGAUUUAGGAUCAGGCGUUAUACUGCAAGAGUCUAGUCCCGUAUCGACCCCUGAGCUUUUGACGCCCGUAGGCUCUGCGGAGUACAUGGCACCGGAAGUGGUGGGCGCGUUCAUUGGUCAAGCCGUUUAUUAUGACAAGAGAUGUGAUCUCUGGAGUUUGGGCGUCAUUGCCUACAUGCUGCUUUGCGGCUAUCCGCCAUUUUACGGAAGCUGCGGAAGCGGCUGCGGCUGGGAAAGAGGUGAAUUUUGUUCGCACUGUCAAGAGAAGCUAUUUGACAGCAUCCGUGACGGCUACUACGAGUUUCCCGAACGCGAGUGGAACGCCAUCUCCGAAGAUGCCAAAGAUCUCAUCCGCAACCUAUUGGUGAAAGACGUCAAGCGCCGUUUCACAGCUGACGUCGUCCUCAAACAGGCAUGGGUCGCCCGAGGUGGACCGACAACAGCUCUCGAGACCCCAUCGGUGAUGCGACGCAACAAUUCGGCCAAUCAUCUUCAAAAUUUCGCCGAUGCCGCCAAUGCCAUGAAGCGCUUGGUAACUCACCAUCAGACCCUCAACGAAGAGGUUUCGGCCGCCCUCGAAGCGGUCCGAAGUGCCGAAGAAACUCCGCCAUCGUCUUCGCCGGAGCCAUGUAUCAUGGACUUAUCUCCUCCGGGCGACUCAGCUUUGGCGAGACGUCGUCGUCUCAAAUCCCUUUCUCUGGGAAGCAACGGUGAUUCCGCCACGGCAACCCCUCCAGUUUAACUGUGAUAGCCGCAUUCAGUCCACGCAGGAUGUUCCAACUCUAGUUAUAGUACUCUUCGACAUCGACGCCAAAAGACUCGACGAGAGCAACAACAGCGACAGCAAUAACGACGGCCACAACACUGCUACUCCUACCGCCACAACAACAACUCAUCAACGUCAUAUCAACAGCAGCGGUGACGGCGACACUGCGGUCACCGCUGCCUGUCUGCCUGACUGACUGACUGCUUGAGCAAUUCGGUUGAAUUCUCAUCUUCCGUCGAC